AUGUCCUUGCAAUCAGCACGUGGCCUUCAUGACGAAGGGUACUUCCAGGAUUUGCUAGUUGCUGUCGGCCUAGCUAAAAGCUGCACGCCGCGAAAACAUGGGUCAGGCACUCCAAUGAGGGGUCUGAGGCGCAUCAAGACAAGUGGCCCGAACACUCACAAGCUCCCUUUUGGAGUGAUGUGGACGAUUACUUUGAUAACGGCCGUUACCAUGGCCGUCAUCAACUUUUUCACCAUUUGGAUCAUAUCUUUUGCUGUUGAAUGGAAGUUCAACACGCUGCAGGCCAUGGUGGACAAUCUUGGCGUUUGGUUCGCGAUCGUUGGGUUUACCGGGAUUUGUUCUUGCCUGGCCUUAUGUUGCACGCUUUUCAUUUUCACCUGCGCACCUGCCGCCGGUGGUUCUGGAGCACCUGAGAAUAAGGGGUUCCUCAAUGGGAAUGAGAUGCCCGAGUUGUUCACUUUGCAGAACCUUGUCGGACGUGCAGUCGCCACAAUGCUGGCGAAUGUCACUGGUUACCCUGUUGGUCGCGAGGGGCCGACGGUCACCAUGGGCAGCAAUCUGGCAUACAUCAUCACGUCUGCAAUGGCGCUGCCAUUCGUUCGUCAGUGGGUUGAUGUAGAUGCACCUGGCUCUGCGACUUCUGCUGCGACGAUGAUUGAUGAGGAUCGAUUUGAGCACGCGAAGCGCAUUGUGUGUACUGUUGGUGGAGCUUGCGGUAUGGCUAUGCUUUUUGAUUCGCCAAUCGGAGGUAUCGUCUACAUGUUUGAGGAAAUUACCUCGUCCGCGUGGCCUGUAGAGGUGACCUUCCGGGCAUUCGCCGGAACUUGCGUGUGCGCAUUGCUGUCAAGAGCACUGCUGAACAUGUGCGGCACUUCAACGAAGGCUUUUGUUGUCUACGAGUGGAACCCACAGCCUCAGGGUUGGAGCUGGCGAGACGUUCCCUUCUUCAUCCUCUUGGCGGGAGCCUGA